AUGAUUGCCAGGUGGACUCACUUCUUCCUCCCGCAACGUCACUUCGCUCAGCACGGGCGGAUCAUGGUCUCAAUUACUUUUACCUUCAGUUUUGGGACCUGCUCGUUAUUCAUUUGGCAUCACUUCGGAUGCAGCCUUCAAGACAUCAGAGCAUUAGGGAUUACUACCAUGAUACCCGGAGUGCGACAGAAAAUUGAUUACCACAGUCAUGUCACCCCACUCCACGAUAUUUUCUUUUUAUUAUUCGGUCUGGAUUUUGUCUCUGCAUUUGGGUUACUUGGUCGUCAUCAUACCCCUCUCUCAUGGCUAGGUUGGUGGAUAUUGGGUUGCAAUGUAGGGAUGGUCAUCCCACGGUCGAUGUGUUGCCAUUUCACUGAGCCUGCGGGUUGCGGUGGAAAGAUUGUUUGCUUACUUGGACGAGCGAGGGAAGCUAGUCGUCUUCCAGCAAACCGCAUAAUGCAGGACAUCUUGUAA